UUUUUUAUAUUAUAAAAUAAUAACUUUUUCAAUAAAAAAAGAUGAACGGCAAUUGUUCGGACAAAAGGAAAAUAGAAACUAUAUAUUUAAAUAUUUUUCAUAUCGAUAAUUUAAUCAAAAAUUAAAACCCCUAAUUUCAAGUUGUGAUAAACAUUCAUUUGUUAUUAAUAAAUAAGAUCAUAAGAGAAGUGAUAAAGCCAUAUAAUUCAUCAUAUUGUGCAACACAAACAUGCUGCAAUAGAGAUUUCUUUACAAAAAAAUGGAUUCAUUAAACUUGAAAGUAACUGAUCCCAAUGCAAUUCUUUCAUUGAUAGAAGAAUUAUGCGAUCUAUCUUAUAUAGAAAUACAAUUGAAGUUAAAUACAUAUAUACAAGCAAAGACUGGUACAAAAAUAUAUUUCCUUGCUCCUAUUUUAUAUGAAAGAAAAGAAAUAGUUAUUCAUGUAAUAGGUAAUAAAGUUUUGGAUCAUGAAUUAAGAUUACCUAUAUCAAGUAUUUUUAAUUUGGUAAUAAAUUGCCAGAAAACAAUAAUGAUUACUUCUUCAGAAUUACCUAAAGAAUUAUUGCAAUAUAUUUAUUUAGACAGACACUGUAUUCAAGUACCAUUUUUCCUUAUUCCUGUACAACAUCAUCUGAAACAAUUAACAGCAUUGGUUGUCUGCUUAAGUGGUUGUGAAAAUAAAAAUAUUGAUAUAGACACAUGUACAAAAGUAGUUCUGGAUUGCUUUAGAUAUUGCCUUGGAUAUAUUCUAAGCUCUUUAAGAUGUUAUGAAGAAACUCGAUUAAAACAUCAAUGUCAAAGCAUACUUGCUAUUUCUAGAAAACUUAUUACUCAUUUAGGAGAUUUAACUGACCUCUUACAUGAAAUUAUGACGGAAGUUAAGAAGCUUACUAAUGCAGAACGAUGUUCUUUAUUUCUUUUGGAAAAUGAUCAACAAGAAUUAGUGGCAUAUGUAUUUGAUGGAAUAUCGACGAAAAAGUUUGUUAAAGAAAUGCGAAUAUCUGUUAAUAAAGGUAUAGCAGGUCAUGUUGCUACGACAGGAAAACUAUUAAAUAUUCAAGAUACCUAUAAACAUCCAUUAUUUUAUAGAGGUAUUGAUGAAGCAACAGGUUUCAAAACUAAAAAUAUACUUUGCUUUCCUAUUCAUGAUGAAAAUGGAAUUGUUGGCGUUGCUCAACUUUGUAAUAAAAUAGAUGGCUUGUAUUUUGAUGAACUUGAUGAAGAAAUUGCAACAGCUGUUAGUAUUUAUUGUGGUAUAACAAUUAUGCAUAGUAUAGUAUAUAAAAAAAUGCAAGAUGCACAAGCUAGAAAUAAAUUAAGCAAUGAAAUCAUGAUGUAUCAUAUGAAGGUUGAAGAUGAAGCUGUUUUUGAUUUGGUUAAUUAUAAAAUUAAAAAUAAUAUUAUUGAUUUUAAUAAAUUUUAUUUCAGUCCUAGAGAUAUAUUUUAUGAGGACAUGCCUUCUUAUAUAAUCAAGAUCUUUAAUGAUUUAAAUUUCAUCAAAUAUUUUAAAAUAAAAAUGCACACGUUAGCCAGGUUUAUACUCUAUGUUAAAAAAGGUUAUAGAAAUGCAUCAUAUCAUAAUUGGGUACAUGCAUUUUCUGUUGCACAUUUUGCUUAUUUACUAAUUAAAAAUUUAUACCUUAUUAGAGAAGAUUAUAUGACAUAUUUGCAGGCUUUUGUGUUUUUAGUAUCCUGCCUAUGUCAUGAUAUAGAUCACAGAGGAACUAACAAUGCUUUUCAAACUACUUCUGAAUCAGUUUUAGCAAGUCUUUACAGUUCCGAAGGUUCGGUUAUGGAGAGACAUCAUUUUGCACAAACUAUGUGCGUUUUAAAUACAGAAGGUUGUAAUAUAUUUGAAAAUUUUAACAGUCAGGAAUAUAGAGAGGCUUUGGUUUUCCUAAAAAAUAAUAUACUUGCAACUGAUUUAGCAAGUCAUUUCCUUAAUACAGAGAAACAAAAUGAAAUAUUUAGAACUGGCUAUAAAAAACAUGAUUUUGAACACCAGAAACUUCUUUCUGGCAUGUUAAUGACUUGUUGUGAUCUUAGUGAUCAAACGAAGAAUUGGACAGUUACUAAAAAAGUUGCUGAAUUAAUCUAUGAGGAGUUUUUUUCUCAAGGUGACUUAGAAAAAAGUAUGGGUAGAACUCCAACAGAAAUGAUGGAUAGAGAUAAAGCAUUUAUUCCAGAUCUUCAAGUACAAUUCAUUACAGAUAUAGUAGAACCACUUUUUAAUAAUUUGGCCAUGCUAUUUCCUAUGGCACAACCACUUGUUAAGAUCUUAAAAUAUAAUAAAACAUUGUGGGAAGCUUCUAAAAAGGCUUGUACUCAACUGCAAUUGAUAAUUGAUCCAUAUAAAUGCGACAAUGCAAGAUUAGUCCAGGAAUGUAAUCAACUUCAUUUGGAUCUGAUAGAAACAGAAGAAACAUAUCAAAAACAAAUCAAGGAUUUGAAGAAACAAGUAUACAAAUUAGAGUGUGAAUGUAAUGAUCUACAAUUAGUUUCUUCUAGAAAUUUGCAAAAAAUUAAGGAUCUUGAAACUGAAUCAGCUAAAAAGUCGAAGAAGAUAUUAGAUCUUCAAGGAAAAUGCCUAAAACCAAUCAUAAGCAAUAUAGGAAUCGGUAACAAAAAGCGCCCUUGUUAUCCACUUAGAAGACCAGUUAUAGAAGCUGAACCAUUACCAAAAACAGGAAGUAGUAACAGUACAUUACCAAGUACUCAUGCUGUAGAACCAAAAAUAUUAGACUUAUUGAGCAUGGCAGAUCAUAGAAUGAGCUGUUUAAGCCAUGAGGUAACAAAACUUAAAGGAGAAUUGUCAUUGCAAACCGAUAAUGUGUACACAUUACAAAAUCAGUUAACAACAAAAGAAAAAGAGAUAAUAAGACUGAAAAAACUGCUAGAGGGUGGUCGGCCAUAUAGUGCUGUUGCCAAAGAUUGCCUUUGCAAAAAAGUUGAUAAGAUGCAUGUUGUAUCUCAUGAUAUUGAUGAAAAUAAUGAUUUAAAGAUUCUUUUACAAAAUAAACAAGAGCUGGAGCAACAGUUAAAAGAAGCAGUAAAUAAACAACAUGAAGCUAUGUCCCAAGCUAUGAAACUUGCAGAACGAAAUGAAGAAUUAGAAAAAGAAUUAAGAGAUAUAGAUCAUAUUGCUUUAUCAGUAGAAGCUGAUUGUAAUUCUGCAGUUAAGGAAAAUAAUAGAAGAGUAUAUAGACUUCAAGAAAAGUUAGAAGAUGUAAUGGAGCAGGUUCAUAUAUUAGAAAGUGAAUUAGCAGUGAAGCGUAGAGAAGUACAAGAAUUAACAGCAGAUCUUGAAGCAUGUAAGCUUGAAAAACGUAACAUUCAAAGAACAUUAGAAUCCACUUUAGAAGAAAAGAAAAAAAUUACAAACAAAAUAAAUCAAUUAACAAUAAUAGAAAAAAGUUUAAAUGAUGAAAUAGAAAGAUUAUCUAAAGAAAAUGAAUGUCAAAAACAAGAUAUUAUACAAUUACAAUAUACCAAUAAAGUAUUGAAAGAGCAAUUAGAUACAGAAGUUGCUUGCGGAGAUGAUUUAAAGCAACUAAGAGAAAAAGGAGAAAAAAAUGAUCAAAACAGGGGAAAAAAGAGUAUGGGAAAUAGAACAAAUGUAGAAGAUAGUGAGUGUUCAUCAUUUUCGCAAGAAAUAAAUAUUGAUAGAGAAGAAUAUAAGAGUAUAUAUAAAGAAGACGAAGUUAAUAAGCUAGUUAAUAAUGAUAGAACAUCUGAUAACAUGCGAAAAUUAAUUAUUGAAAAAGAUCUACAAAUAGACAAUCUACAACAAAGUAUAAAACAAUUAGAAAACGAGCGAGAUUAUUACAGAAAUGAAUGCAAUUGCUUGAAGCAAAAAGAUGAAAGUUCUAACAAGGAUAACGUUGAAUUGUGGACACGGUCUUAUGAAUUAAGAUGUCAACUUAAUGAAAAAGAAAAAAUAAUUUUUGAAUUACAAAAAGAAAAAAAUGAUUUGUAUCAUGAAAGAAAAGAAUUAGAAGCUUAUAAAAAUCAACAAAAAAAAACUUGUAUACCUUCUGGGUCUUGCAAAAUAUAUAAACCAAUUAGCACUUGUGCACAUCUAUCUUCAACAUUACCACAUGAUAUACAUAUAGAAACUACAAAAGUAAUGUUGGAUUCUUUGGAGCUUGAAAGGGAUACAGCUAGAGCGGAUGUUCAACGUUUGACAGAAGAGCGUGAUGUACUAUAUGAAAGACUUAAGGGAACACAAAGAGGAACUGUACAUGGAUAUGAGGAUCAAUUGGAAGAUCUUCAAGAAGAAUUAAGAAGAACUAAACAAGAAUUAACAGUUCAACGUACCCAAUUUUUUCAGCUUCGGGCAUUGCAGGAUCAAACAGAUCAAGCACUUGGAGAUGUACAGGGUCAAUUGACUCAAUCAGAGACCGAAUUAAAUAAGGCGAUAGAUCGUAACAGAAAUAUGGAGCAACAGCAUUUACAACUUGAUGAUCAAGUAAAGGAAUUGAAACAAGAAAUCAACAAUCUCCAUUCGAAUAUGGCACAUUUAGAUCGAGAAAAAGAUCAAUUAUUAAUGGUGUUGGAUGAAAAGACUGAAAAAAUUGUGAAUUUAGAAAGAGAAUUGAUACAUAAAGAGCAACAAGCAAAUAGCAUGGAACAGCAAAUGCGAGAUCUACAACAUAAAAAUGAUUUUAGCAGGUGCUUCUGGAACUGGUGCAAAGUAUUGUCCCUUCGGACAAGAUGCUUUUGUGAAUAUCGGAUAGCAAAGUGCGUCUCUGGGAGACUGUGCGGUUCCUGGUGGACAUCUGCAUUCUGCUAUCGUUCCACCACCUCCUGCGGCUGGACCCAAUUCCAUAGUUUCUGGACAAGAAUAUGUGUUGAUCAGAGCGCAGAAUAUGAACGUCAAUUCAGAUCUCUGCAGCUCGAAGUAAAAAAUGUUCAAAGACAAUUGGAAACUUCUAAUACCGAUCGUGAAAAUGCGAUUCAAGAAAAUCGUCGCUUGCAGGACGAUCUCGCUGCUGUUAUGUGCGAAGUUCGAAAUCUUCAGCAUGAAUUAGAGUCUUGUCGUGCGGAAUCUUACGACUUGAAAAGACAGUUACAGACUUAUGUCAGUGAGGUACGACGAGCCGAAGAGAUGCUGAAUAGAAAGGAGAAUGAAAGAACCGAAAUGUUGAAUCACUUUAGAAGUUUAAGUUUGGAAGCCACGGUAUUGGAAAAUAACAAUCAUAGUUUGGAAUCUGAAGCAGCAGAGGCAAGGGGAGCUCUUCAAACAGCAAGAGAUCGUUUGAUAGAUUUAGAACGACAGUUAGUGGAUAAGGAUUGUUUAAUAAGGGGCUACGAAACACAGAUAAGUGAAUUAACGCAAAACGUCGCCAGCAUGGAAACUCAGUUACGCCAGCAAACGGAGCAGAGACAAAGAGCAGAAGCUGAUUUAAGUGCAGUAAGGGACUUGUGUAUCAAAAUGGAUCAACAAAAGGAUUCACUUAUGCAACAACUUGAAGAUAAAGAUGUAACGAAAACCCAGUAUGAAACGCAAUUGGUAAGAUUAAGAACUGAACAGAAUGUUAUUCAAGAUCAAAUAGAUAGAGACCGUGCAACGAUCGAGCGUUUAGAAACUCUACUGGAUCAAGCAAGACAAGAAUCUAUCAAAGUUCAAACGACUAAUCAAGAAUUACAAAAUGAAAUGUCGAGACUUAAACAGAAAAUAUCUGAGCUUCAAACGACAUUAUCUGCUGAGUCACUUGAACUUAGACAGUAUCAAAAUCAAGCUGCAGAGUACAGCAAACAAAUCAGCGAGCUUCGCAGACAAGUUACGAAUGAGAGAUUUGAUCGAGCUAGAAAAGAAGAAGAAAAUCGCAGAUCAUUAAAUUCUACGCCAGAUAGUUUUAAUGUCGAUUUAAACGUGGUUAUAUAAAAAAUAAAAUUUAAUAUAUAUUUAUUGAUAGAUAUUUGAAUCAAGAAAAAUUCAAGGAAAAGAGUGAUAUAUUGUGUAAGACAUGUGCAUUAGAAGCAGUACCACCGGGAAUUUCGAAUAAAGAAUAUAUAAAAUCGGGUAUUUGCAAUUACUCAGAGAAUAUUAAUACAUUGGUGUUUAACAGCUGGGUAUGAAAAUUAGGUAUUGAUAUAUGAAACUCAAAUUUUAUUACCAUCUAGAUCAUGGGAAUGAAUUCACAACUAUUAAGAUUCAAGUAGGUUUCUCUGAGAAAAUUUUGGCUAAUGAUACGGUAAACAUAUAAAGUGCAAAUACAGCGUAAUUUUUUGAACGUGCAUAAUAAAAUCAUAUGAUUCUUAUUUAAAGGAACCAGUUGCUGCGUCUACAUUUAAUACGUACAUGAAAAAGAGUUAUUCUAUUUCUUGUUGUAUGAAUACUCCCCCACAAGAUGUAUGCAGUCAAACAGUAAUUACAGAAUUAUUAGAUCAAAAAAGUAUGCCAUCUCAA